AGGUUUGUCAGUGGAAGCAGAGAUGGAACAGCAAGAAUAUGGCACUAUCAGCAGCAAGAUUGGAAGAGUGUGGUCCUGGAUAUGGCAACUAAAAUGACAGGACACAAUGUAGCAUCUGGGGAGGACAAGGUGACUAAACUGAAGGUUACUAUGGUGGCUUGGGAUAGAUACGAUGCCACUGUCAUCACUGCAGUCAACAAUUUCCUUCUCAAAGUGUGGAACUCGACCACAGGGCAGCUUCUUCAUAGCUUAUCUGGUCAUGAUGAUGAAGUUUUUGUUCUGGAGGCCCAUCCAUUUGACCAAAGGAUUGUACUUUCAGCGGGUCAUGAUGGAAAUAUUUUUGUUUGGGAUAUAGACAAAGGAACAAAAAUUCGCAAUUACUUUAACAUGAUUGAGGGCCAAGGCCAUGGAGCUGUUUUUGAUUGCAAGUUCUCACCAGAUGGACAGCAUUUUGCCUGCACAGACUCUCAUGGGCAUCUGCUACUAUUUGGUUUUGGAUGCAAUAAAUAUUAUGAAAAGAUUCCAGAUCAGAUGUUCUUCCAUACGGAUUACCGACCAUUGAUCCGUGAUGCAAAUAACUAUGUGUUGGAUGAACAGACUCAACAGGCUCCACAUCUUAUGCCUCCUCCAUUCUUGGUGGAUGUUGAUGGAAAUCCUCAUCCCACGAGAUUCCAACGGCUGGUACCAGGGAGGGAAAAUUGCAAGGAUGAACAACUUAUUCCUCAGCUGGGAUAUGUAGCUAAUGGUGAUGGUGAAGUAGUUGAACAAGUCAUCGGGCAGCAAACUAAUGACCAGGAUGAGAGUAUCCUUGAUGGAAUGAUCAGAGAGCUACAGAGGGAGCAAGAUCUGAGACUAAUUAAUGAAGGAGAAACUCUUCCAAACCCUCCACCUAAUAGAUCUCACUCUGUUAAUGGAGCUCUUCGAAGUCCAGGUUUGGAUGUUACAUCUCCACCAAAUGUUGGUCUCCGGAGAAGCGGUCAGAUUGAAGGGGUCCGGCAAAUGCAUCACAAUGCUCCCCGAAGUCAAAUGGCAACAGAGAGAGAUCUCAUGGCGUGGAGCAGGAGAGUAGUGGUGAAUGAGCUUCCUCCGGGCAUCAGCAAGGUCCAGGAAGAAUGUCGAGCUGCCAAAGGUGAAAUCGAAAUUAAUUUAUAUACUGUUGAAAAGAAGAGAAAGCCAUCCCACACCUUACAACGGAAUGAUUACCAACCAGGAAGUGGAAGGUCUUUGAGAAGAAACCAACGCAAACGCCAGCAUGCCUACCAAACACGCUCCACGAUAGAACACAAUCAGCAAGGAGCAAGUCAAAAUGCACGUGUACGGGACGAAUCAGACAGCUCCUCAGAGGAAGAUGAGAGUGUUGGCACAAGUGAUGCAUCUAUGGAUGAUCCUGUGGCAGCAUGGCAAAGUGAAAGCAGUUCCAGUGAUUCAUCAAGCGAAUAUUCUGACUGGACAGCAGAUGCUGGAAUUAAUCUCCAGCCUCCAAAGAGACAAACCAGGCAGGCAGCUCGGAAAAUCUGUAGUAGUUCUGAAGAUGAAAAUAUGAAGGGAACAAAAGGACUGGAGCCAAAACGAAGGAAACUUAAGCAGCCUAGAAAAAAGAAACCAAGUGGACUGCUUUCAAUGGAAGGUGAACCCAGUGAAGAAUGGCUUGCCCCGCAGUGGAUCUUGGAUACUAUACCUCGCCGCUCGCCUUUUGUCCCACAAAUGGGAGAUGAGAUCAUAUACUUUAGGCAAGGCCAUGAAGCUUAUGUGCGGGCAGUAAGGAAAGCAAAAAUUUACAGUAUUAACAUGCAAAAACAACCAUGGAACAAAAUGGAACUCAGGGAACAAGAAUUUGUGAAGACUGUAGGAAUUAAAUAUGAAGUUGGGCCUCCUACGCUCUGCUGCUUGAAGCUUGCAUUCCUAGAUCCAAUCACGGGCAAAAUGACAGGAGAAUCAUUUUCCAUAAAGUACCAUGAUAUGCCAGACGUUAUUGACUUCCUUGUGCUGCAUCAGUUUUAUAAUGAAGCCAAAGAAAGGAACUGGCAAAUAGGGGAUAGAUUUCGCAGUAUAAUAGAUGACGCUUGGUGGUUUGGAACUGUGGAGAGUCAGCAGCCUUUUCAGGCAGAAUAUCCCGAUAGUUCCUUCCAGUGCUACUGCGUUCACUGGGACAAUAAUGAAAGAGAGAGGAUGAGUCCAUGGGACAUGGAACCAAUUCCAGAAGGAACUGCUUAUCCGGAGGAGGUUGGUGCUGGAGUUCCUGUGACUCCAGAUGAGCUGACAGCUCUUCUCUACAAACCCCAGGAAGGAGAAUGGGGGGCCCAUUCCAGAGACGAAGAAUGUGAACGAGUAAUCCGGGGGAUUGAGCAACUUCUUUCCCUUGACAUUUCUAAUCCCUUUGCUGUCCCGGUGGACCUUAGUGCCUAUCCCAUGUAUUGCACUGUUGUUGCUUAUCCAACUGACCUCACCACAAUCAGGAGGAGACUUGAAAACAGGUUUUAUAGGAGAAUCUCUGCACUGAUGUGGGAGGUACGAUACAUCGAACAUAAUGCCAGGACUUUCAACGAGCCAGACAGUCCUAUAGUCAAAGCAGCCAAAAUUGUAACAGAUGUCUUACUUCGCUUCAUUGGGGAUCAGAGUUGUACUGAUAUAUUAGAAAUCUAUAACAAGGUGAAAGCAGAAGACCUAAGCAGUACUGAUGAAGAAGAGGAGGUGGCAGAAGUAGAUGUAGAUUCAGAUGCUCCGGGAACUUCCUCUGGAAAAAGACGAGUGAGACGACGAAUGAAAAGACAGCCCAUGAAAGCAAGUCCUGAUGCUUGGAAAGAGCAAUGCAAACAGUUGUUAAACCUGAUUUAUGAAAGAGAGGACUCUGAGCCUUUUAGACAACCAGUUGAUCUCUUCUCCUAUCCUGAUUAUCGAGAUAUUGUAGACACCCCUAUGGACUUCAGCACUGUGAAAGAAACCUUGGAAGCAGGAAACUACACUAGUCCCUUGGAAUUCUACAAAGAUAUUCGUUUAAUAUUCUGCAACUCUAAAGCUUACACUCCUAAUAAAAAGUCUCGAGUAA